GUUUGUCACUCUUUCGAAAAGAAAGUAAAAAAUCUACCGCCAAAAAAGAAAAAAAGAAGUUAAUUUCCGAAUAAACUCCGAUUCAACUGAAAAUCUUAAAAAACCAAAGAAACUCAAAAACACAAUCAACAAUGGAGUCCACUACGAUCACCAUCCUUCACAACGCACUGAUCGUAACAAUGGAUUCCGACCUCCGAGUGUUCGAGAAUGGCGCUAUCGUUAUCAAAGAUGAUAAAAUCACCGCAAUCGGAAAAUCUGACGACAUCCUUAGCCGCCAUUACCACCACUCCUCCGUCACUCUCCAUGACCUUCACGGCCAAUUCGUCCUACCUGGGUUUGUGAACACGCAUGUUCAUACAUCACAGCAGCUGGGAAGGGGAAUUGCGGAUGAUGUUGACUUGAUUACAUGGUUGCACGGUCGGAUUUGGCCUUACGAGUCUCAUAUGACUGAGGAAGAUUCCUUCAUCUCCACUUUGCUUUGUGGAAUUGAGCUCAUUCACUCUGGGGUGACUUGUUUUGCGGAAGCAGGGGGGCAGUACGUCUCUGGAAUGGCUAGAGCAGUAGAAACACUUGGCUUACGUGCAUGUUUAACAAAAUCUAUUAUGGAUUCUGGUGAGGGUCUGCCAGCGUUGUGGAGUGCUCAGACUACUGAUCAAUGUAUUCAGUCUCAGAAAGAACUUUAUGAGAAGCACCAUGGUACUGCAGAGGGGCGGAUCAGGAUAUGGCUUGGGAUUCGGCAAAUUUUGAACUCAACUGAUAGCUUGCUUUUGAAGACCAGGGACCUGUCUAGGGAGUUGAAAACCGGAAUUCACAUGCAUAUUGCUGAGAUUCCGUAUGAGAAUCAAUUUGUCGUAGACACCAGAAAAGUUGAUCAUGGAACAGUGACAUAUUUGGAGAAAAUAGACUUCCUUCAAAGCAAUCUACUGGCAGCUCACAGUGUUUGGGUCAAUGAUAAUGAGAUUGAUUAUCUGUCAAAAGCUGAGGUAAAAGUAUCUCAUUGUCCGGCUGCAGCAAUGCGGAUGCUUGGAUUUGCACCUAUAAGGAAAAUGAUUAAUGCUGGAGUUUGUGUCUCUCUUGGAACAGAUGGAGCUCCGUCGAACAAUAGGAUGAGCAUUAUUGAUGAAAUGUACCUAGCUUCGCUGAUAAACAAAGGACAUGAAGUUUUUAUAACCGGAACAACUGAUCCCACAGCACUCUCUGCUGAACUUGUCCUCAAAAUGGCAACUAUAGAUGGUGCUAAAACUGUGCUAUGGGACAAUGAAAUAGGGUCACUUGAAGUUGGCAAGAAGGCUGACAUUGUCAUUAUUGAUCCUUGCUCUUGGACUAUGGUUCCUGUUCAUGACUGCAUAUCUAGCCUUGUGUACAGCAUGCGAACUGAAAAUAUAGUAUCUGUUAUUUGCAAUGGAAAGUGGAUUAUGAAGGACAAGAAGAUCUUGAAUGUGGAUGAGGGGGAGAUCAUUUCACAAGCAAAGAAAGCUGCAAAAGAGCUUUUGGAGAGGGCUGGCAUUAGUAUUCCAAAGAGAAUGCAGAUGAUCUGAUCGGUUCUUCAGGAAAGCCCCCCUGCCUUGUUGAUGAUCUGAUCUGCCCACUCGCUUCACAAGAGAUUUUCUAAAAUGGCCAAUCCUUGGCAUUUGUUUAUGCAAGAAUGUGUUCAAAAGUAAAAAGAAUCUGUACUUUUAUUCUAUGAUCUUUGGAAUCCAUCUUGUUGUAAUCAUAGGUAGCAAGGAGGUAAGCGACUCGAUUUUGCUUCCUUGUAAAUGUGCUUGAUGGCAAUUAUGUUGCAUAUUUUGCAGAAAAUUGAUCAGAAAGUUGAUUAGAACUGCCAUAAUUAGUGUUGUGGAACACUUAUUGUGUUAUGGGUUAUAUAUAAGUUAUAACCAUUGUUUUUGUUA